AUGGAGAAUAGGAACAACGUGACAGAGUUUGUUCUACUGGGGCUCACAGAGAAUCCAAAGAUGCAGAAAGUCAUAUUUGUUGUGUUUUUGGCCAUCUACAUCGUCUCUAUGGUAGGAAACGUGCUCACUCUGGUCACUAUCACUGCCAGCCCAUUAUUGGGGUCCCCCAUGUACUUUUUCUUGGCCUAUCUCUCCUUCAUUGAUGCCUGCUAUUCCUCGGUCAAUAACCCCAAGUUGAUCGUAGAUUCACUCCGUGAAAAGAAGACCACCCUAUUCAAUGCAUGUAUGACCCAAAUCUUUGGGGAACACUUCUUUGGAGGUGCUGAUGUCAUCCUGCUUACGGUGAUGGCCUAUGACCGCUAUGUGGCCAUCUGCAAGCCAUUGCACUACACGACCAUCAUGAAUCGGCGGGUAUGUGGCCAGUUAAUGGCAGUGGUGUGGGUGGGAGGCUUUCUUCAUGCAACCAUACAGAUCCUCUUUAUCAUCCCAUUACCCUUCUGUGGCCCUAACGUCAUAGACCACUUUAUGUGUGAUCUGAACCCUUUGCUCAAACUU